CCCCGUUCGCAUGCCGCUGAGCCUCGCGCGAUUGGCUGGGUCUCGUAAUUCUGUACGGUGCAUCUGGUGCAGCAGAUGCGGCGCGUCCCCAUAGUCUCCAAGCAUCUUCGGUCGCGACUAGAUUCUUCUGAUCGCGUAAUUGCUGAUAUCGCCGUUUUGACUGGCCGCGUAAUUUGGUGAAAAUUUGGCGCCCGGAUACGAGAGGGAAAACUCCAAAACAAGCAACAUGGCGGACCCGAGCAACGAGCCCGCAUCGUCGAGCGGCGUCGCGGAGCAGGUAGCCGCGACAGCGGCGGCCGCCGUCGUCGCGGCCCCGCUGCGCGAGGAACACGACAAGCCCGAGGACUACCACGAGCCUGAUAAGAAACGACGCAGAACAGUACGCGCCGAGGACGCCGCGAAAACGGAGCAGAAGUUGGAGCACCGUCUGGGCGGCAUCCUCUGCUGCGCAGUAUGCCUCGAUUUGCCUCGCGCGGCCGUCUAUCAGUGUGCUAAUGGACACUUGAUGUGUGCUGGUUGCUUCACUCAUGUCCUCGCAGAUGCCAGGCUGCGGGACGAGAUGGCAACAUGUCCCAAUUGCAGAAUUGAAAUCAGCAAAACCACUGCGUCACGAAAUUUGGCAGUCGAAAAAGCCGUGUCUGAGUUACCUGCUGAAUGUCAAUAUUGCGCAAAGGAAUUUCCACGAAAUUCCUUGGAACACCAUGAAGAGGCUAUGUGUGAGGAAAGGAUAUCUAGUUGCAAAUAUAGUAGAAUCGGUUGUCCGUGGCGAGGUCCAAAUCACGAAAUCCCGGAACAUGAGAGUCACUGUGUUCAUCCUCAUCGUACGGGUGCGGACGUGAUGGAGGCUUUGCGUGAGAUCGAUGCCCGCACCUUGGAAGAACGUAGGCUCUAUGACAAUGUCUUUGAUCUUUUGUCCUACGAGAAAAUCACGUUCAACGAUUUACAGAUGAAGCCGUAUCGCACUGAUGAAUUUAUUCAUAAACUGUUUUACGAAACUUCUCGAUUUGGCGCUUUCAACAAUCAGUGGGUAGUAAAGGCCAGAAUCAACAGUAAUCAACGCGAUCCUACUCAAAGUUCAGAGCGGGACAUAACUUAUCAACUGAUACUAAAGACAAAAACUACUUAUCCGCUACCAGUUUAUUACUUGAUCUUGAAAGGCCCGUUCGGCGAUAUGAAAGUCCAUCCGAGAAUUCACAGAUUUGAAUUCACCGAGCAAGAAAACGAGAGUCCAUAUUUUACAUUACCGUUACCGGAUACGGCGGAAUGCAAUAGACUUCUCGCAGCUAAAGCCAUCAGUUUUAGACUAAUAAUGUUCCUGGCGUCUAAGUAGCUUACAACGAUGUAUCUAUUGUCAAGAUUUUGUCACAAAUGGAAUCGAUCGACAAGAUCUUCUAGACGUAAUGACAAAUAACAAUUAUAGAGAUCACAGAGAUUUAUAAUCGUUUACAGUAGCGAGAGAGAGAGAGAGAGAGAGAGAGAGAGAGAGAGAGAGAGAGAGAGAGAGAGAGAGAGAGAGAGAGAGAAAGAGAUAUUGAUCAUGAUAAUGAUAACGAUAACGAAAAGAGAAAAUGCUAAUAUCACUGUAAUGUUUAAAAAUACAUGUUGAAUAUGUUGACGAAGAUAAAUAUAUAUAAAAUUAAUACAAUGUGACAUACCUUCAUAAAAACCAUGGUAAUAUACAUAAGUAUUUGAGAAAUUAGAUUGAAUUGCUUUAUAUUUCCCUUUUACAUCCAACUUUUACAUUAAAAAGAAAAAGAACAAACUAAAGGUUAGAGAGUAGUUAUGUAGAUUAUUCUUAGAUGAUAAAUUAUUGUAUUAUUGUACGUAUUGUACCAAUUGUGCAAUGUGCUUUACCCCAAGGUUAAAAGCUAAAUGAUCAGUAUCUUAGAUAAUUAAUUUAAUAUACACACCUCUGUCCAUGA